CUUAAAAAGGGAAAAUCCAACGCAUUGGAAAUUAUCAAAACAAAAAAGAUAAAAUUCCAUCAAAUUGCAGAUACUGCUUAAUCUUUGACAAGAAAAAUGGGCGGCGGGAGCGGUGGCAGCGGAGGCGGGGUGGCCAAUAGCUCAUCAUCUGCUCGGUCACCAUCAUCAUCAUCAUCGCCGUCACGAUCAUGGGGACUCGAAUGUUUAAUUCGGAGGAAGCGAGUUGACUCGGCUGACUCAAAACGUGAACGUUCUCAGUUGGCCAAACGGCUCUCUGUUUUCGACCUCGUCGCUAUUGGAGUUGGAUCAACCAUUGGAGCUGGAGUGUAUAUUCUUGUUGGAGCAGUUGCCAGAGAGCACACAGGACCUGCUCUAACAUUCUCUUUCCUAUUAGCUGGAACAGCAGCUGCGCUGUCUGCAUUUUGUUAUGCAGAGCUUGCAUGUCGUUGCCCAUCUGCUGGGAGUGCCUAUCAUUAUUCAUAUAUUUGUAUUGGAGAAGGCGUUGCGUGGUUGAUUGGUUGGUCACUUAUACUGGAAUUUACUCUUGGUGGUGCAGCUGUGGCUCGGGGCAUGUCUCCAAAUUUGGGGUCAUUCAUUGGAGGUGAGGACAAACUGCCUGGACUACUAGCCCGUCAAACCAUUUUUGGUGUUCUAGUUGAUCCUUGUGCAGCAAUCUUGGUUUUCAUUGUAACUGGCCUCUUAUGCACUGGUAUCAAGGAGAGUUCCUUUUUCCAAGGCAUUAUUACAACUACAAAUAUUGGUGCUAUGCUUUUCAUUUGUUUAGCUGGUGGAUAUCUGGGUUUCAAAAGUGGAUGGCCAGGUUAUGAACUUCCAAAUGGGUACUUUCCUUUUGGAGUCAAUGGCUUACUUGCUGGAUCUGCCAAACUUUUCUUCUCAUUUGUUGGCUUUGAUUGUCUCACUAGCACAGCAGAGGAGGUAAAGAGUCCUCAGCGUGAUCUGCCACUUGGUAUAGCUAUUUCGUUGGCCAUCUGUGCGAUGUUGUAUAUGCUUGUUUCAGCUGUUGUUGUGGGUUUGAUACCUUACUACGCCUUAGAUCCAGACACCCCAAUUUCAUCCGCUUUUGCUAGCUAUGGAAUGGAAUGGGCUGCAUAUAUUAUAACCACUGGAACCGUAACUGCUUUAUGUGCAAGUUUGAUGGGCUCAAUACUUCCACAGCCACGAAUAUUGAUGGCUAUGGCAAGGGAUGGAUUGCUUCCUUCUUUCUUCUCAGACAUCAAUAAGCACACACGAGUUCCAGUCAAGAGCACAAUUGUUACAGGUCUCUUUAUUGCAAUUCUCGCCUUCCUUAUGGAUGUGUCACAGUUGGCAGGGAUGGUUAGUGUUGGCACAUUGCUUGCUUUUACCAUUGUGGCUAUAUCAAUCUUGGUAAUCAGAUACAUUCCACCUCCUAGGGUGUCUCUUCCCACAUCAGUUGAGCAAUCAGUUGAUCCAGUGUCCUUUCAAUUUGGUCACAUUGUUGAAGAGAUUGAUGCUGAAAUUAUUGUCCGUCCUGUUGAUGAUUGCAGUUUUCUUGGCCAAAGUUUUCUUUGUGACAGGGAGAACUCAGACAAGAAUCCUUUGCUUGAGGAUCAUAAUGUCCAAGGUGCCUCAAAGGAAAAAAGAAGGCAGAAAAUUGUUACCUGGAGCAUCACCAUAAUAUGUAUAGGGGUUUUUGUACUGUCAUCUGCUGCUUCAGCUAAAGGCCUUCCCAGUGUUCCUCGUUUUAUGUUAUGUGGAGUUGGCGUGUUUCUUCUCUCGGGCAGCUUGUUUGUGCUGACUUUUACAGAUCAAGCUGAUACAAGGCAUACUUUUGGGCAUUCUGGAGGUUUCAUCUGUCCAUUCGUUCCUUAUCUACCAGUUGCCUGCAUCCUCGUAAACACCUACUUAUUAAUUAACCUUGGAGCUGGAACCUGGAUACGCGUUUGUUUGUGGCUACUACUGGGAGUUUUGAUAUAUGUGUUUUACGGCCGGAAUCACAGCUUGCUGAAAUAUGUUGUACCAGUGCCCAAUGUCACUGCUGAGGACACCCGUUGAGAUCCAGUGUUGUAGGCAUCAUGUUGUGUACAUAGUUAAUAAAUCUGACCUCGCAAGUAAACUCAUGGAGGGAUCAGAUUAAUUGGUCACUGGUUCUACUAGUGGGUCACGGUUGACUGAUUAGUCGCUAAAAUAAUAUUUGUAAAUAUAAAAUGGUAAUUUUAGUAUAUGUAAACUAUCCAUUAAAGUGUUUUUGGAUAAUAAUUA